CAAAAAAUAAACUCAAAUGUUGAUAUGAAUGUAAAAGAGCCGUAUGAAACCAGGCAAAGAGCCGCAUGUGGCUUGUGAGCCAAGGGUUGGACACCACUGCCACGACAGUUGGGGGGGGGGGGUCGACCUGAAACUACCCGAAAAGAAACAACUUUUUUUGAAAUUAUUAUUUUCUUUUGAAGUUGUUCUAACUCAUAAAUGCAUAUUUUGAUCAUAUUUAAAGUUUUUAAUUUAGACGUCUAUUUUAGGUCUAUACCGUAACCAAUUUUCGACAUCUAAAUUAGGUCUCCUGUAUAUGAGACCAGACGUCUAAUAGACGUCAAUGGCUGACAGGGCUGUUCUUUGUUCCAUUAUUUCCUUGGCGGCUACAAUGAAUGAGCCGUCAACAACAUUUACAAUGCCAAACUAUCAACUGACUGAACCUACGGAGGGUUGGGGUGCCCUCCGAUGGGAAGAUCUUGUACUGCACCUACUUAUUUUACUUCUUUCUGCGAGGAGGAUGUCUUUCGACCUCAACGAUUAAACCCAAUGGCCGAGAAAAGGCAUUCUUGCCAACAAAGAAACCAACUGUUACUUGACAUCUUUGUUUGAUGCAACAUUGCCAUGAAGAACUAACUGCAUGUGACCUCGUCAAAUGGAAGGGUUGUGGGGCGUUUGGGUCAGGUUUGCCUUUGUCGUCUGAUGCAAAGCGGCUGUGGCGUGCAGGCCGAAUCACAAAGCGACACUGGGAAACGUUUGGAGAAGCCAUUGAAAGGUUUGGAGAAGGUUGCUCAACACGGAGGGAAUGGAACGUUCUGUCUUUAUAACUUGAGAGUCAAAUGUUUCCAUUGCAAAUGCCUCGUGACCUCAAAAUCGCUUGCCUAUUCCUUUGCUCCUUUUUGUUGACUCCAUGAUGACGGAAAUAAAGUUGGUUGGCAACUUGCGAGCCUUCAACUUGGGCAGAAGCUUUGAGACGGCGAAGGCUGAACGUGUCAAAGCAGCGUGACGUCACGCGCGGUGCGGGCUAGGGCAGGCAAACUUCUCCGCGUCCCUGGGUCACGCUUGUCGAGUUGGAGCCGCCGUUCCUGUCUGUCCACCUCGCUCGCUUUCUGAGUCUCGCUGCCGCUGCCAUUGUUACUGAUCGCUCAAGGCGCCCUAGGAUGGUCCUCAGAAGCUGCUACCGCCGCCGCGGACUCCGCGAACUGCUCAUCAUGAGGCUGCGCCCCGCACUUGUGUCGUUUAUACUCCUCCUCCUCCUGGGCAAGUCAGACGAGGCGGGAGACUGUGAGGGCGUGCGUGGCCACGUGAAAUUAUGCCCCGCUAGCGUCACUCUCAAACUGGAUUCAACUGCUGCUGAAGAUGUCACAUGGACUUUCGAGGGAAAGACCAACUCCGUUCCAGGUGGCGCUACAUUCGGUCCUCUGUCUGAGAAAAAAAAAAUCCUUACAUUACCCAACCUGAGCGCUGCGGACAGCGGCAUGUACACUGCCACCUUCGGCCCCUCCGGCACCCUCACCGUCCAUAAAUUCACAAUCCUUGUUGGAGCCGUCCCGUGCACGGCAGCAACACCCUGCAAUGUGACGGGGAGCUCCAUCACGAUGGAUUCUGGUGGUUCAGGCGCAGUCGUCUGGGUGCAUACGCCGCCAUCUGGCACGGACACCCCCAUCACCGAAGGCAUCAAGUUCAGUGACAACAAUCUCAAAGCGAUGGGCCUCUUCAACGUGCAAGCACAAAACGCGGGGACCUACAAGGCCACGGACUCGGUACCUACUUCUAAGGAUUUUCCAGUCGUCGUCAAAGCUCGCGUCACCGCUGCCACGAUCCAGGGCAAAGCUGCUGUGUGUCCAGGCGGCACGGUCAGCUUAGAGUGCAAGGUCACAGGUGAUGCCAAAGCAGUCACUUGGAAGAAGAACGAUGUUCCCACCACUGCUAACGUCGAUGGCAAGGACUUGACCAUCAGCGCGGCUAAACUGGAGGACGCCGCUAAAUACACUUGCCGCGCCAAAAGCUACCCUGGCGGUCAACCGGUCGAUAGCUCCGACUUUGUUCUCACCGUUAGCGCGGCUGUCGACUGCGAGAAACAACAAAAAGGCACAAACUCCUCCACCUCCAUCAUCAACAGUGACGAAAAAAAGCCGACCUUCGAUGCCGCCCGGGCCGCGUCCUGCUCCGUCGCUCUGCUCCUGAUGACCAGCCUCCUUCAGCUCUGCUGGAUGCUGUAGACACGGCGGCUGCCGGAAGUGCGGGGGGCUGACUGCCGCCGCCCCCGACGCCUUUUUGGAGUGAGAGGAGCGAGCGCCGAGAGUGGAUCGGCAUGCAAAGCUUUUUUUUGUUUGUUUCUCUUUUCUUGUUCAGUUUAUUUCACUCCAUCAUUUGAGUCUUCAGAAUCAUUGAAUCCCCCACACAAUCCAAAUGGACGUUUGAUUAUUACUUUUUCCCUAGGAAUAUUAGUUUUGCUCAUGUUUUGGAUUGGAAAUGCAUCAAUGUAAAAGUAAGCGAUGCAGGCUCACCUUUGCAUUUUCAGCCGCUUAGUUGUCGUCUUUAUUUGAAUUGGCACUGGAAACAAAGAGGGACGGCACUCUGGUAGAGCUUGCUGUAGGUAGGGGCGGAACUGGUGGCAAAUUUCAACAUUUGACUUCAAAUAACCUUGAGAUCAUAUGCAAAUUCGUCAUUCAUUUGCAUAAGUGUAACCCACCCGCAAAUGAGCCAAAACAAUUUAUGUGACUCCCAUUGGCGGUGAAUUUGAUUUUGAUAUUGUUUUAAAGAAGAAAAAGUCUCAACAUAGCAUUGUGAGAAUAAACAAUGGUACUACCCUCACGUGGAUAAAAUGGGUAUGACAAAUGAUCCAUUUCUUUGAUCUAAUUUGGCAUGUAUUAAUAGUAAGCUACAUUUUGUUAUCCAUCUUAGUAUUAUCUCGGUUAAUUAACAAGGAGUUUUUUUUCAGUUAUCUAUUUGAUCUAUUUAUCAAAUUAAGCUAUUAUCCAUGUUAAUAGUGUAUCGGUCUAUUAUUGUCGUAACACUUUAAUUAUUUGAUCUAUUCAAUCAUUAAGCUACCUUUUGUUAACCAGUCUUGAAUAAUUAUUAAUUCUUUGAUCUAUUCAUAUAUUUAAUAUUAUCAUUUUUUAUUUUUCAGUCAUUUAUAUAUUAUCAUGAUUAUUAUUUAAUCUUGUAUUUAUUAUUCAUUAUCUGUCUAUUCUUACUUUGUUCUUUGAUUAUUCAUUAUUGAAUCAUUUAAUAAUAGUAUCCUCUAAUGCAGGGGUGGCCAAACUUUUUGACUUGCGGGCCGAAUUGGGUUCUAAAUUUUGACUGAUGUUUGUGUGAAAUAAUAUAAAUGACAUGUAAAGGUCAUUGCAUAAAAAAAGGUUUUUACUUUUAGUAGAGCAUGGAUAUUAAAAAAAGCUUUUUGAAAACAAAUGCAUUUAUUAACAGCAUUAAAAUAUUUCACCAAAAAACUACUAUCAGUGAUUCUUAUUACGUAUGACACUGUUAUGAUGAAUAACACUUUCCAUCACUUCAGCGCCUACAGGUCAGAUUUAUGAAAUAUGUAUGUUUAUCUAAUGAGGCGAAAUCACAU